AUGGCAGUGGUACUGGCGCAUCUUCGGCAGAACCCGCCGCAUGCACCGCCGGGUGCGCUGGAUCGGCUGCACCACCUGUUCAUGAUGACCUCGGACGUCGUCCACGACCGGGUCCUUGUGCUGCAGCGGUCGAUGCGGCGGCUAGAUGCCAAGCUCCACCGCGGCGGGCUCUCGCUGCUUCAGGUGGCAUCGGUCAUCGGAAUUGGUUGCGUGCUUGGGUACGGGAUGUGGGGCGGCCAGGUGAAGGAGGGCCUCUCGCGCGAAGGCGCCGAUGUUGUGGGGCAGGUUGUCUCAUCAAAGGAGCUGCAGGCCAAGCUCGAAAAAAACGCAACGGCGCUUGUCGCGUUCCUCACUCACGAUCCCGCCACCCAUGUGCAGCUGCAAGAGCUGGCGAUGACACUCCUGGCGUCCGAUGCGGUGCAGAACGCGGUGGCGAGCCUCGUCCUCCAUCUCAUCUCGCAGCCGUGGGCUGUAGCGUCGACCAAGCAGCUAGCGCUCAACGUUGUCGAGCAACUCCGCGACGAUCCGACGGCGCUCGAUGCCGCUACCGCCUUUUUCUCCUCUGUCUUUCGCCGGCAGGACCUGCAACAGGCCGCUGGCGAGGGCAUCCGCGCCUCAAUCACACAUGCCGCCGCGCCGCUCGCCCUCGAUUUACACAACGACCACGGCCAAGUCCGCUGGAUGUGCACUGCCGGCGUGCUUGCACCGUUUGUCUGUGCCCCGCCGUGGUGAGAGGAGCAGGAGUUUGUGGUUGG